AUGGAUAAAUUUUUAAUUAAAAAACCAAUAAAGCCAGAAAAUAAUUAUGUAAAUGAACAAGUAGGCGCCCCAGAUGACAAACUUGCUAAAAAGCAACUUCAGGCUGUGGAAGUGAUGGCCAAGCGUAAAAAUCAAAAUACGCCAGACCUGGUCAAGGAUAAGGAGAACGCAGAGGUUGAGAAUCCGCCCAAACGAAGAAGCGCUCGUCUCACUCGAAGCACCAUAUCCAUGGCUGAAGAGGGCACACCAUCACCGGAAAAAGAAAAGCCUGAAAAGCUGCCAUUUAUCAAAUAUCGUGGUGCCAUCAAGUAUUUUACAGAGAGUCACGAAAUAGCUGAGUCUGCCGAUGCAGUCAUGCAAUGGGUGGAUAAACAUACCCAUCUAGAUGUUGUACCCAUGGCAUUCGAUAUGGAAUGGCCAUUCUCAUUUCAAACCGGUCCUGGCAAGUCGUCAGUCAUACAGAUUUGUGUGGAGGAGAAAUGCUGCUAUGUCUACCAGCUGAGUAAAUUAAAGAAGUUGCCAGCCGCCCUAGUGGCCCUGCUGAAUCAUCCCAAGGUGCGCCUGCAUGGCGUCAAUAUAAAAAGCGACUUCCGCAAGUUGCAGCGCGAUUUCCCGGAAGUUUCUGCCGAACCAUUAAUAGAGAAGUGCGUUGAUUUGGGCGUUUGGUGCAAUGAGGUUUGCGAGACUGGUGGUCGCUGGAGUUUAGAACGCUUGGCUAAUUUCAUAGUUAAAAAAGCCAUGGACAAGAGUAAAAAGGUGCGCAUGAGCAAAUGGCACGUCAUUCCAUUGGAUGAGAAUCAAUUGAUGUAUGCCGCCAUCGAUGUUUAUAUUGGUCAAGUCAUCUAUCGCGAGAUUGAGAGACGCGAGAAGGAAAAAUUAAAAAAUGAGACGGAAUUUAAGGAACAAAAUGGAGAGGCUGCAUUCAAGGCCGUAAAAGCGUUGGGUGAAAAUUUUCUCAGCAAGAUCAGUGAAGUCACUUUAUAGGUACAAAGAAUAUUUGCAAUAUUUUAUAAAAUGUGUAUGCUAAAACCAACUGUUUGACUUUAAAGACUUUUUUAAAAUGCUAAA